UCGUCAUCUUUCAACAUCCACUUUCCGGAGUCCAUCUCGAAUUUGGUGCCUGGUGCUGUUCGCCUGCAUUUCCAUCGGGCCUUGAAGCUUAGUUCCGCAUAGUUAGCAAUCAGGUACGAGAAAUGAUGACCCAGACCACAUGGGUGCCCCUCUGCUGUCGUGGCGCUUUCUUCACGUCCCCUUUCAUUCACUGCCAUUCACUGUUCUCGCUUCUCUCGGUGCUACUCAUGAUCCUCGUCUGCUCCGUCUGCACCGUCUGCACUGUCUGCACUGCUAUUCUCUCCCCUCGUCUCCUCUUCCCCCCUCGCCGACUAAGCACCCCGGCAGCGACUAAUCACCCCGCCGUCAUCAUGGCGUCUGCAUCUCGUUAUCAGUUGGCUGACAUUCUGAAAAUUAACCCUGCAGCUGAUCACCACUGUGUCGGUGUCUCGCACUCCUACAAUCGCCGGUGCAACAAUUUGAUCAGCUAUCAGAAGCGUGACGAAGCGUACACUCUGAUCGAACGAGGCACCCACAUCUUCACAGCAACCUCUUCCAUAUCCGCCGUUAAUCCAAUUCUCAGCGAACUUGCCAGUCUUCUGCUCUGUCCCAACCAGCACCGAUACCAAUAUUUGACCCUGGUCGAACAGUGGGAGGCGAAACUGCAGCGGUAUCUAGCUGAGCGAUCUGCUGAAUCCACCACAGCCAUGUCGAACAGCUACCUUCAUAUGCCGCCCAACCCCACCAUCAUGGCCACGGGUAGUGGACUCGCAGUCACCAACCUCACGACCAGCCAUCAUGGGCCCAGCUCAUCGAGCCGAAUCACCAUCCAGCAUGGCAUGGUCGGGAUGGGUUCGAACCAUCAUCACCCGCAGAACUCAAGACCCCGAGUCGAGAUCGUCCGUCCUGCGGGUGAUUCCGUUGCUACCACUAUGUCAGCUUCAGCUUCCGGCAGUGCUUCGCCUCUUCCGCACGCCAAUUCUGCGUUCCAUCAUCGUCCCCACACCCCGGCGGUCCAACUCGUCAGCAGCACCUUGAUCGCUUCGGGUCAUACCCAUCCCGCCCAUCAAACAGCCCCGAGACCGAUACCGUCUGGAGAAAGCAAUGUGUCGAUGUACUGCGACUCCCCUACGUCUCCGAAGCCUCAACGGGUCAAGCCGCGCCCCGUGGAUGGCGACUGUGGAAUCUGUCUUCUCCCCUAUCUGGAUGAGAGCAUGCGCUGCGACAUGUCCGACGAUGAGGGAACCGAAGACGAUGAGGAUGAUGACUGGGAGGAGAUGGACGACGAAGAGCUUGCCGGCCCGGACUACGAUCACAGCUUGCUGGUCUGGUGCCGGGGAUUCUGCGGAACCAACUAUCACCGGGCAUGCUUGGAACAGUGGCUCGACACCUUUGACACCCUGGAGCCGACCUGCCCGACCUGCCGCAACUACUGGAUUCACUAGGUGAGGGGCUAUCAAGGGACUGGAAGGAGGGAUAGAAUGCAUCACGGGAGUUUAUUUUCUUUGUAACUGGCAGGAUAUCCACGGAGCUACGCUUCUCAUGGCUUACAUGGAGUUUACACUGGAAGGGAGGGAGGAAUAGGAAUAUGGCCACGGAGUUACAGGACUGGGAUUACAGCAUGGCUUGAUAUGAUAUGAUAUGAUAUGAUCAGAUAUUUCCUAAAUGCACCUAAUAAUAUGUACAG